AUGGCUUGGGCGCCUACUCAACUACCUUACCUCAAACCACCCGACCUCCUACCAGCCCCUUUACCUAUCGAGUCUCGUUUCUUCGAAUCGACAGCCGUGUUUCGAGACGACAUAUCUUAUCACAGGGUGGUUGCGGUCGAGCCUCACUUCAUUGUCAAAUACGGACGGGGUGUUAAGGAUAUCGAAGGCCAGGUACUUCUAUUUCUCGAGUACCACCUAGGAAAUUGCCAUGGAUUGCCGAAACUGUACGCAAUGUAUCGCAUAGCAAGUACGGGCCAUGUCUGCCUGAUCAUGCAGCGUAUGCCUGGUGUGUCACUCGAUCGAUUGUGGCCUACACUCAAGGACUGCGAAAAGUCCGAUAUUUGUACCAAAUUGAACGAAAUCGUUACAUCAAUUCGAAGUAUUCCAGCUCCUCCGCUCUACGGAAGUAUUGACCAAGGCCGGUUCCACCAUUAUCUGUUCUACAGCCCCGAUGCUGACAAGGAAAUUUGUGGUCCAUUCGACUCAGAAGACAACUUCAAUGCGGCACUGGUAAAGAGCCUCCGGUCUGCUUGGGCAAAGAUGAAGAAGCAUAGCUUCAAAGCCGACUUCUAUGAGAGAAAUCUUGGAAGGGCGUUAGUUGGUCACAAGCCUAUUUUCUCGCAUUCAGAUCUGCAAAGGAAGAACGUGGUAGUGCAUUGGGAUACACUGCAGGGCUUCACCGUCAGCGUAAUAGAUUGGGAGGAGGCUGGCUGGUUCCCGACUUAUUGGGAAUACUUCACUGCCCUGCAAGGUGUACAAUGGGAUGAUGACUGGUCCCUGCGCAUCGAAGAGAUUAUGGAACCUUGGGUCAGCGAAGCGGCAGUCAUGAAAAUGGUGCAUCAAGAUCUAAUAUUUUGA